UGUCCACGAGUAAACAGGAAACGCGAACAUCUGCAGCGAGGUGUCGGUCGGCACGCCUGAAGUGAUCCGGAACGUUCCUCCGUCACACGUAGACAAUGGGAGCCUUGCAUAAUCUGUCCUGUCUUCAUCCUGUGUGUUGGCGUGGGUGAUCCAAAACAAGGCUGCUGUUCUCAUUAGCGCUAUAUGCAUCACGGCCGGGGUCACCAUCACCUGGAUGUCUUCAGAGGAGCUGCUCUCGGGGCCCAGGAGGAGCAGGCUUCUCCUCUAAUGUGGGAUGAGGCAGAUCUGCAGAGACCAACUGAGGAGAGUGCCGAUCAGACCGUCUCAAUCUCAGCAGCCGUCCUGGAUACCAAGAAAGUUAAGGAAAGGUGAACUCGGAGGUGGACACUCCAGGGAGGGAGAUCGGUGUUUACAUGGCUGAAUCGAGUAAAUGACUGAAACUAAUUGCUUGAAAUGUGGAUUUCUGUGCUGUGAUUAGCUGGUUGGAACAGGGAAGAAUCAGAGCUUGGAAUGCCAGGGAACGAUGUGUGUCACACCAACAACCUGCAGUCUAGUUCUCUGAGUUCCUCCUUGGAUUCGGACCUCAUGAAGUGUUCCGGUUCUCACCGGUUCCCCCUGCGGGUACUCAACCUGCACCACUCGGAGCGGGACACUCCCCCCCGCUCGCCUGACCCCCCCGCCUCCGCCACCACCACCCCCCCUAUCCAGCUCGUCUCGCCCACAAAGGUGAAGGAGCGCACAGAGAACCUGACAGAGAAGGUGACUCAGGUGCUGUCCUUAGCAGAGGAUGUGCUUCCAGAGUAUAAGCUGCACAAGGCCGAGACCCACAGCUGGAUCAUGCUGCACUACAGCCCCUUCAAGGCCGUGUGGGACUGGGUCAUCCUCAUCCUGGUGCUCUACACGGCCGUCUUCACACCGUACUCGGCCGCCUUCCUGCUGGACGAGCGUGAGCUCGGGAUCGGCAGCGCAGACGGUGCCUGCGGCUACGCGUGCAACCCGCUGGGUGUGGCCGACGUGGUGGUGGACGUGCUCUUCAUCGUGGACAUCGUCAUCAACCUGCGCACCACUUACGUGGACCGCAUCGACGAGGUGGUCACACAGCCGAGACGCAUCGCCGUGCACUACCUGAAGGGCUGGUUCUUCAUUGACCUAGUGGCGGCCAUCCCCUUCGACCUGCUGGUCUUUAGGUCGGGCUCCGAUGAGACGACGACCACUCUGAUUGGACUGCUGAAAACGGCCCGCCUGCUGCGAUUGGUCCGCGUGGCACGCAAACUGGACCGCUACUCAGAAUACGGCGCGGCCGUGCUCUUCCUGCUCAUGUGCACAUUCAUGCUGAUCGCCCACUGGCUGGCCUGCAUCUGGUACGCCAUUGGCUACGUGGAGCGGCCCUACAUGAAUAUCGGCUGGCUACACAACCUGGCAAGAGAACUGGGCAAGAGCUACAACUACAGCGACCCGACGUCGGGGCCGUCCAUCAAGGACAAGUACGUAACGGCGCUCUACUUCACCUUCAGCAGCCUGACCAGCGUGGGCUUCGGAAACGUCUCGCCCAACACCAACUCCGAGAAGAUCUUCUCCAUCUGCGUCAUGCUCAUCGGAUCUCUGAUGUACGCCAGCAUCUUUGGGAACGUGUCAGCCAUCAUCCAACGCCUGUACUCGGGCACAACGCGCUACCACACCCAGAUGCUGAGGGUCAAGGAGUUCAUCCGCUUCCACCAGAUCCCUGGCUGCCUCAGGCAGAGGCUGGAAGAGUACUUCCAGCACGCCUGGACCUACACCAAUGGCAUCGACAUGAAUGCGGUCCUAAAGGGAUUCCCAGAGUGUCUUCAGGCGGACAUCUGCCUGCACCUGAACCGCUCACUGCUGCAGAACUGCCAGGCCUUCCGCGGCGCCAGCAAGGCCUGCCUCCGUGCCCUCGCCAUGCGCUUCAAGACCAUCCACUCGCCGCCAGGCGACACUCUCUAUCACCACGGUGACAUGCUCAUCUCCCUCUACUUCAUCACCCGUGGUUCCAUCCAGGUGUCGCGCCACAACAUGGUGCUGGCAGUGCUGGGUAAAAACGACACGUUUGGGGAGUCCAUUAACCUGUUUGCGGAAACGGGGCGCAGCAACGCUGAUGUUUUGACCCUGACCUACUGUGACCUGCACCACAUCCAGAGGGAGGACCUGCUGGAGGUACUGGACAUGUACCCGGUCUUCGCAGACAGCUUCUGGAGGAACCUGGAGAUCACCUUCAACCUCAGAGAUGUGAACCAGGUGAUCCAGAUGCUGCCCAGAGAGGAUUCAGACUGUGGUAACCGUGGUCACAGGGCCAGGCACCGGCGAAACUCACUGGACCGACGUAACAGACCAGAUGGCAUGGACCAGGACAACUCCUAUCCCCUCACACAGACGUGCCCCCAACUGGGGCACACCCACCCCCACCGUCCCUCCGCCCCUACCCCCUCUGGGACGAGCUGUGCAGCUGUGGCAACACCUCCCAGUCCCAGUCCCAAUCCCAGUCCAGCGAGGACCUCAGCAAAUCCCCUCCCCUGCUGA